AUGGCUGUGAGAAGGAACAUGGUCGCUGGUCUGCGGGCCGCUCUGGGUCUCUCGGCCCCAGAGCGAGUCGUCGUAUGCCUUGACAACCUCGCAGCUGCGGCAUGCCUGCAAGGCAUGCCCUCAGACUCCUCCCAGAAGGAGUUCCUGGAAUUCCAGGCCUUGGCCGUUGCACAUGGUGCCACGGAGAUCCGCUGGACCCCUGGCCACACCAACAUCCCGGGCAACGAGCAGGCAGACGCCUUAGCAAAGGCAGGAACCUCUCAACCAGACCCUGCAGACGCUCUCCCGACGCUGGCAUAUCUGCGCAAGGUCGCUCGGCGGCGGCCUAAGGACGCAUUUAAAGCCCGGUGGGAAGCCUCUGCACCCCAACAAUACAGGAUCCUCGACCUCGACCUCAUGACUGGCCACCCACCAGAACUUACCCUUCCAGGACCUCUCCUACACCAUCUGCUUGCAGCAAGAACCCAACACUGGGACUUUGCUGAAUACCACGAAAGGUUCAACCACGACGAUGCACGGCUGACCUGCUCAUGUGGCCGACGAAAAGAACCGAAACAUCUCUUCUAUUGCAGGAAGAUCGCGCCGCGACAUCGGAUGAGGCUGGCACCAUCACCGAGCGCGGCGGUCAACCGUGCAAUAGGCAGAGAUUUCGACCAGUUCGUCAAGGUGGCGAAGGCAAGCUCGUUCUUUGGGACGAUCUGCCUUCGCCAUUAA